UUUUUUCUGAACUGUGAAACGUUGAGUUGGCAAUAGUGUGCCGAAAGACUUCGUUCACAUCAACGUAGUAUCUCUGGAAGUAAUAGCUGCGCGAUUCGGAAUGGCAGGUGAAGCGACAAUUAUGCGGCUAUGCAGAGGAACUUUUGGGAAUGUACGGAGGCUUCAUAGUGCCACAAAGCAGCAAGCAGCGGCAGCAGCUGCUGUUGCUGCAGAGACUAAGGUGCAACCAAGGAUCAAAAAAUUUUUAGUGUAUCGAUGGAAUCCUGAUAAGCCCACAGAAAAACCUACAAUGCAAGAAUAUGAUGUGGAUCUCAACACGUGUGGUCCGAUGGUGCUGGAUGGUCUAAUAAAAAUAAAAAAUGACAUUGACCCAACAUUGACAUUCAGGAGAUCAUGCCGGGAAGGCAUAUGUGGAUCCUGUGCAAUGAACAUUGGAGGUGUCAACACACUGGCAUGUAUCAGCAAAAUUGACACCAAUCUAAACAAGCCAGUUAAAAUAUAUCCUCUGCCGCAUAUGUACGUAAUAAAGGAUCUAGUUCCCGAUAUGAAUAACUUUUACAAGCAGUACCGUGAAAUUCAGCCUUGGCUGCAGCGGAAAAAUGAACCUCUUGCUGGGAGCCAUUCUUACCUGCAGUCUGUGGAAGAUAGACAGAAGCUGGAUGGUCUCUAUGAAUGCAUUCUUUGUGCUUGCUGCAGCACAUCAUGCCCCUCAUACUGGUGGAAUGGUGAUAAAUACCUUGGUCCAGCUGUCCUAAUGCAGGCAUAUCGGUGGAUAAUUGAUUCUCGUGAUGAAGCUACAGAACAACGUCUGAGUAGGUUGCGAGAUCCCUACUCUGUUUAUCGUUGCCAUACAAUUAUGAACUGCACGAAGACAUGUCCUAAGGGCCUGAACCCAGGUAAGGCAAUUGCGGAGAUUAAAAAAUUGCUGUCUGGGUUCAGCAAGAAAGAGGAACCUGGUUUGGAAACAGCUGCACUACAGAAGUAAUGCUAGGGCUUUAAAAAUAUAUUGAGUUAUUUAUUCCCUGCCACAACUGAACUUAAUUCAGUUGGCUUAUCGUUCUCUGAAGACACUGUCUCAUUUGCAUUGGCAGCAAUUUACUGUCAGUUGUAAAUAUUACAAGAAUUGUUGCACAAUGAUCGGCCACAAUUGUGUGUUUUUGAUUUGCAGUAUUAUAAAUAUUUAUUACGUGGUAACUUAUUGUGAUUGUGCAGACCACUUUGAAGUAUAUAAACACAGUUCUCAUUUUA